AGGAGGAGUAAGUGAAUUUGAUUGUCGUCAGAACUAGAUUGCCAUAUGAGUUCUGAAAAGCGUUUGGCCCCUGAGGAUAACUGCUCUAAAAAUAGAUUUGGAGGAGAGGUUUCUCUUGGGUCCAGUUUCGUGUUCCAGCUGAGCUGGCUUUAGGAAACUUGUUUGCUCCUGUUGCAAGACUACAGUGAGGAUAAAUUGUUUCUUAUUCUGCCUUCAACGUUAAUUUUGGAGAUAUCGACACACUCGCUUUGUCUGUGGAAAUCGAGCACUAAUGUUAUGGCUGACGACACAGAGACUAAACAUGGAGGAAGCAAGAAUGGAAAGAAAGAAGGCCUCUCUGGAAGCUCAUUUUUCACCUGGUUUAUGGUAAUUGCUUUGCUGGGAGUUUGGACAUCAGUAGCAGUUGUCUGGUUUGAACUUGUAGAUUAUGAAGAAGUUCUAGGCAAGCUUGGGAUAUACGAUGCUGAUGGAGACGGAGAUUUUGAUGUGGAAGAUGCUAAAGUAUUGCUAGGUGAGGAGCCAGGAGGGGUAGCCAAGAAAAAAACUAAAGUCAAAGUAAAAGAAGUAAUUAAAGAACCGCUCAAGAAAUUAAAGGAGAAGCAGGAAUCCAAGAAGGAGGAAAUCAAAGAUGAGGAAGGAAAAAAGAAAGCCAGGAAAGGAAAAGAGGCUACUGAUCGAAAGGACAAGAAAGCUGUUGAUAUGAAUAAAUUAAAGAGAGAUUCUGACAAGGCUAAAAAAGACAAAGGAAAAGAAAAGGAAAAAAGCCUAGACAAAAAUGUGAAAUCCAAGGAGGCUACAAAAAAAUCAGCCAGUGAAAAGGAUGGUACUAUUCAGGUGGGAAAAGACAAAGAAACAAAAAAGAUAGUUAAAAACCCCUCCAAGGAAGACAAGAAAGAAAAGAAAUAAGCAGAGUUCUGGUUGUGCUAAUGAAGAACAGACCUCAAGAAUGAGAAAUUCAGCAUAUUUAUAUGAAUGUGGUAAAUAUGGCAAUAAGAAGAUAAUGUUUUCUGGUAAUAAGUGUGAACAAAGGCUAUAUUUAAUCAUUUUUUGAAAACUGUUAAGUGUGUACUGGCAUUGUAAACACAAAGCAAAAAUGUCUGCUGUGAAUCUCAAAUAUGUACAUAUGUUAAUAUGCCUGGCUAACAAUGUGUACUGAAAACAGAAAUAUCAAAUUGAUGCAAAUUACUUCAAGCAUACUCUAAAUCUCGGUGUUUUUGUUUCUCCCCCCCCCCGGUAUUAAAAUGCUGUUUUCUUGAUGUGGGGAUGAAAGUGUAAUGUUGUAUAUCAAAUGCAAGUUUAAAAGCAAUAUUAAGAGGAUUACCUGGACACAUACACUGGAAACUCACAAAAAAUAUUUCUGUUUCACAAAAACAACUAAGAGGAGCAUUAAUAGAAUGUAUUGUCAUAGGAGCUUAGCAAAUAAAUGUAAAUUAUUCCCUGCUAAACUUUUUUCCCCUAUGUAGACUGAGAAGACUAUUUUAUACACGAACAAACAAACCAACUUUAGUGUUGCGUUUAUUUAUGAGACUUCACUGUAUACUCAACCAAAUUUAUUGAUCCUGUGACAAUAUGUUCUGCUUUUCUUUCAUCCUUUCUUUCUUUCUUUCUUUCUUUCUUUCUUUCUUAGCUAUCUUUCUUUCUUUCUUUCUUUCUUAGCUAUCUUUAGGUCUGAAAACUUGAUUCACUGUCACUUUUCAGUUUACUGUGUCCUGAUUUUUUCCAAGUUUUCCAAGCUUCUGGUAAUGAACACUGCUGAAAAUUAGGCCACCUAUUUCACCAUUGAUGGGUAUUGUUGGAUUCCAAUCACGUUUUAAGAAAUGAUAUGUUACUACUGUAUUUUGGUUAAACUUCUUUGGAGAACAGCUUGUGUAUUAUUAUUUUCUUCAAACAACACUUUUGAAGUACGCGAUACUUCUGUAAGCAAGCUCCUGUGUUAGUUUGCUCUUACAGCUUCUGUAUAUUUAACACCAAGGAAUGAUUCAUCUAGCAGCCUCAUUAGAAUAAACAAAGUUACAAAACAUUUCUUCAGAGAUAUUUCAGUAUGGUAUUGAAUCUAUACUUGCUUUCAAGUUUAUAUGGAAAAGCAAUAUUUUUUAAUUUUACUAGACAAAUAAUAUCACUUAGUAUGUAGAAAUAUUAAUUGCACAAUAAAAUUACACAAGAUUCAGAACAAAAUUUGUAAUGAAAGUUGAAGAUUUAUUAUUGUAAUACUGCAGUAAUGUUUUAAAGAAAACAAAACUAUGGAGUGAAAUUGAGCAUGAGUAUAUAUAUGUGGGUGGUGGUGUAAGAUAAAAGUCCUGAAGGUUGAUUCUGUUUGUGGUUUUGCUUAAAUUUUGUGUAUAACAGUUGGCAAUACACUUACCUCAGACUUUCGAUACAGCACAUACAUGUGUCUAACAUGGUUUGAUCCAUAGAGCUAUAAGAUGUGGUAAUAGGGUAAGAUAUCUGAUUUUUUUUUUUUUUUUUUAGAGGAAACUUAUGAAAAACAGUUCAAAUGAAAGCUGUAGAAAAUAGUGCAGUAGCUUAAGGUUCUGGCUGUGAUAAUUAACAGAGAUGAUAUACCGAGCUAUUUUCUAAAUAUUUAUAUAUGUGUGAAGAAGGAGGGAGAAGAUGGGUGUGUUAUGAACAUUAUAGUGCUUAGCAAAAAACUUGACAGAAUGAAGAUCUAAUAAAUGCAUUGCAUAAUGAGCAUUCUCUUAGGUUUUGGUGAUGAUAGACAUGUUUAUUCAUCUUUGCUCUGACAGAUGUUAAGAUACAUCUUUGAUCGAGGAGCACUCAAAUCACACUUCUCAAGAAUGGUGGCACAGUGGUAUAGUGCACAUCACUUUUUAUUUUCUCCCUGAUGUGACAGAAGUUUUAACUGUCUGGGAGUGAAAUUUGGAAUGAAUUGCCUUUCUGAUUAACAUAUUACUGUAUCUAUGACCCAAAGUUUAUCUGGUUCUAAAAAAGUUUUUUUUUUUCCAAAGAACAUUUUAUUUGAGCAGCACUCCAAGCUAUACAGAUAGCCACACAGUAAAAUGAGAUCUUUGCCCCAGAGAUCUGUUUUGCUGUUGUGUAUCUCUAUGAAAUAUUAUUGUCAUUCAUCUUAACGUGGCAAGUUACCACAAAGCUCAAAAAAUGCACCACACAAGUAAAAACUGAGUGCAACUUUAUUUUGAUAAAAAGAUGAGAGAAAAUAGUAUCUUGCAAAAAGUAAAUGACUUGACAUACUACAUACUCAACAGGAUUGAAUAGGAAUUGGUGAUAAACACGAUAGAUGUGUAUAAAAAGCUUGAAAACAAAGUUGAGAAAUGUGCAAGCAAAACAAAGAAAUACUCUUGCUAGUCCCUUCUUUCCUUUUACACACCCUAAGUGCUUGUUGGCUGUGAAAUAUUGAAUAGCUUUUGAAAUACUUUGAAUCCAUUUAUUGUUCAUGAAGCAGAGCAAGUGGUUGUCUGGAAUUGGAGAUGUGAAUUAUCGGAGGAUGUGAGGACUUAUUUAAAGAGGUGUAUAUGUAAGGGAAGUGAACUGUAUUUGAAAGCACGGUGGCUGUUUCUACGCCUCCAGAUUCUGAAACGUGAGACAGUGGCUAAUAUAAGUAACUGGUUUUAUCUCCGUAUGUACUUAAAGAUGAUUGUAGAAGGAAGUAACUUCUUACUCUUGUAGCCAUUAAUACUACUGUAGCAAAAGAUGAAUGUAAGUCUUAAUAUUUUUGAAUAUUUCAGGGUUUUUUUUAAUGACACAGAAGAAAAUUGGCAAAAAAUGAAGUGUAAAUUUGGCUUUUUUCUUCUAGCUUCUGAUCUUGACUCCGUAGUAGCGGACUCUUAGUUACAGUACUUUUAGGUACAGCCUAACUACUUAUCUUCAUGUAAUUUAACCAAUACAAAAAGGUGUAAGUAGAAUU